UAGUGCGCACUGGGCAGCCACGCAGUCAUCUCUCCCAAACCACAAACAAACCCUUCGCUCACGAGCUUUUCAUCGGCUGCUUGGAAGUGGAAACUGGAACGCUGUCUAUCAUUCGGUGCUGGUGAUUCAAAUAUUCACUCUCUCCAAACCUCAACAACAAUGGAUUCCGACCGUCUGAUUCACACUCUCAUAUUCAUGAUGGUCGCUCCGCUGGUCUUCCUUUCGCUGUGCAUCAUCCUUCCUCUCUUCUUCAUCGUCAGAUCCAUUCUCGCCAUCUUAACCCACUCUUCCAGCGAGAGCUUGCAAGGAAAAGUCGUUCUCAUCACUGGCGCUUCGUCAGGAAUCGGAGAGCAAAUGGCGUAUGAGUACUCCAAAAAGGGGGCUUGCCUGGUGAUAGUGGCGAGGAGGGAGGAGCAGUUACAAAAGGUUGCGGAGAAUGCUCGGGGGCUGGGCUCGCCGGACGUUGUUCCGAUUUGUGCUGACGUAUCAAAUGCCGAUGAUUGUAAGCGAUUCGUUGAUGAAGCCAUUAACCAUUUUGGUCGAUUGGAUCAUUUGGUGAAUAAUGCAGGAGUCAGCUCUAUUUGCUUUGUUGAAAAAGUCUCUGAAGUUACAAAAAUGGUGCCUGUGAUGGACAUAAACUUUUGGGGGAAUGUAUAUCCAACUUACCAUGCAAUUCCUCACCUCAAGAAGACUAAAGGCAAGAUUGUAGUGAACUCCUCUGCCAGUGCUCACUUACAGCCACCAAGAAUGAGCUUCUACUCUGCAAGUAAAUCAGCACUGAUAAGCUUCUACGAGACUCUGAGAGUGGAAUUAGACCCUACAGUCAAGGUUACUAUUGUAACUCCUGGUUUGGUAGGGACAGAGAUGACCCAAGGGAAACACUUAUCUAGAGAUGGAGAGAUCAAAGAACCUGGACAAGUGAGAGAUUUUAUGGUUCAAUUGUUGCCAAUGAUGAGUUCAAGAGUUUGUGCAAAUGCUAUUGUGGAGGCAGUGUGCCGAGGAGACAGAUAUGUAACUGAACCAAAAUGGUAUAAGCCAUUCUUCAUUGUAAAGACUCUGUGCCCGGAACUUGUUGAAUGGGUUUACACGACAUUUUUCUUGAAGUCGAGGAGAUCAAAUGGGGAUGCUCCAAGGGACAAGGGGCAGGCUAAGGAAGACUAAAGCCUUGAUCCAGAGAAGUUGCAAUGACUUUCCUGAGAGCCUGAAAUUACUGGCUAGCUCUUCACUUGUGCUCAUUUCUGUUGCAACAUUUAGAAUAAAGAUAUUUGUAAACUUUCAGGCCUAUUGUUACUGCUGUUUUGAAUUGAAGCCCUUUAUCACCAAGGAGUAGUAGGGAUCAUCAUAUUUAAGUCUCUCUCUGUUUCACCA